AUGAGUCCCCAGCUCCAAGGCCAGAAGAACUUCGAGAGCGGCUUUAGUUCGGUCGUGUCGAUUUGCGAGGAGAAAGUCCAUACACAUUUUAACACCGCGCGGCAACGGUUACAGUCAGUGCUUCAGUUAUUGCGUUCACAAAGCGCUGUUCUCCAAAGCGAAGAUAGCCUUGCGCGGCAUUUCCAUGUUCCUUUCGCCAGUGACUCGAUCGCAGAGAGAGUUGGGGUAUUAUUUGAUGAACUUCGCAUUCUGAAAGAUGAAAAUGGAGAGUUUGACAACGAUAUCCGCUGGAUUGACAUUCUCCUUGCGCCUACGUAUGAGCCGAUGCCCCAGGAAGACGGCUCCUAUCAUCUCCGUCUUGAGGGCCGUAAAGGGUUGAUUAAGUUGUCAAAACUUGACCACGACUUGGUCAUGACGGGUAUGCCUCGACAGCUAGUUCACCUACUCUUGCAUCCGAGCGAUGUGCUGGCUGAGAAAGAAACAAUGAAACGGGUAGCGGAGGAGUUGUCGCUGCUGAAUGAACUGGCAUCGCAGAUCAUUGACACAAACAAGGACGUACUGUCGAGGUUGGCAAAAAGGCGUGAGGCUCUCAAGCAACUUGGAGAUCAGUCAUCCCAACCGACAUAUGAUAAAUCGGCCGAGACGGACUCAAACACUCCAACCAAUCCUUCCCAUCGGACGACACAGAAAGCAUUACCCACAACGCGCCCAUGGACGCCCGAGGAGCUAGACCGUCUACCUCAAUGGUACUGUGGAUACAAAAAUCUGUCGAGGAAGACAAUUGUGGCUCAAUUUCAACGAGAUUUUGGGUGUCGUCGAAGCUUCGGCGCCAUUCAGUCCGCGUUAUAUCGGACAGGCUACCGGAACCCUCGUAGAAGGAGACGAACUCAGGACACUCCAUCUCGACAACAAACCGCCAUUGACCCUGCUCCUGCUACAGAACCCUCCAAUAAUGCCCCAGAGUUAGCUCCUAUCCACACACUAAAGUGGCGUCAGCCUCGACACAAUAACCCGCCAAGUCGUCGACGACCAAGGGCCACGUCUUCGUCUGCAGCUUCUCGCACUUCGGCUGCACAAGCUCCUUUGACCCAAGAACGAAUGGAGGCGAUGGAGGCGGCAGGUUGCAUUUCAGCACGUGCGACUCGGCUUCUUCCGCUGCGACGUUGGCAACUGCAACGGCGGUCACAAACGCAACAACACUCCUCAACUUCCACCCGCAACCACCACGACCAACCCAGCCACCAAGCCAACGACUUCAACCGCAAGGAUCUCUUCACCCAACAUCAGCGCCACAUGCAUGCUCCCUGGGUCAUCGCAGAUCGGCCUGACACCACCACCGAGCAGGAAUGGCAAGCUUUCGAGGCCAGUCUCGAGGAUGUCCGCGCUCGCUGCUGGCACGAGCAAUGCAAGCUGCCACAAAAAAGUUCUUGUGGAUUUUGGACAUUCUCUGGUCCGAACAGCGGGAGUGACCGGAUGGACAAUGUUGACGGCAUUUUGAGUUGGAAGGGCUCUUGA